AUGGCGUCCUUGAAUCUUUCAAAAGAUAAAACAGAUUCUGUAUGUAGCUUUAUGGGUCCAGACUGGAGUGGAAGUUCAUGCAUCUGCUGCCAAACCGACUAUGGCACUGAUUAUUCAGAUGAGGCUGCCGACAACCGUGAAGGAACCAAAUUGAUGCCUGGAGACUUCUUAUCUUCCCUCAAGGUAGUCACAUUGCAAUUUUCCUAUUUCCCUUGCCCCUCGGAGAGUCCAUCGGAGAAGCCUUUUAUUCUUUUGAUCCCUGCCUGUGAAAUGACCUCCAGAAAUUUGUUGUUCCACUUCCAAUAUUGCAUGCUUUGUCUGCUUAGCUUUCAUACCAGACUCACUAGCCCCGUUACUUUUCUUGGGUAUUACUGUGUAAAUACUACAUACAACCCUAACAGUGCGACCGGCAGCAUUUACAGAACCAAUCUAAAUUUCGUGCUUGACACCCUUUCUUCAAAUGCAUCUCGGACGGACACCAAUGGCUUCUAUAAUUUCAGUACUGGCAAUGACCCUUCAAACAAGGUCUAUGGCCUCUUUCUCUGUCGAGGCGAUGUCAGCGCUGAUGUUUGCAAAGGAUGCGUAGCAAGUGCCACCACAAGAGUAUUUCAAGAGUGCCCGAAUCAGACGGCUGCUAUUGUUUGGUAUGACGAGUGCUUGUUGCGUUUUUCUGACCAGACAAUCUUCUCCAAGGUUGAUUCCAGAGUGGCAGUGGCUAUGUACAAUACACAGAAUGUCACUGAAUCGAACUGGUACAACUUCGUAUUGCUAUUGGGAAAUUUGUUGUAUAACGCUGCGGAUCAGGCUGCAAAUCAAACAUGGGGCAAAAAGUUUGCUGUUCAACAAGCCAACUUUUCCGCUUUUCAGACGUUGUAUGCCCUUACACAGUGCACACCAGAUAUAUCUGGUGAUGACUGCAAAGGGUGCCUUGAAAGUGCUAUCAGAAUCAAUCUGACCCGUUGUUGUACUAUCAGAGUGGGAGGCAGAGUGCUCUUUCCAAGCUGUAAUAUUAGGUAUGAGCUCUACCGCUUCUACAAUAGUGCAUCCCCUGCACCACCGCCUAUGUCAAACUUACAUCCCUUCACUGGCGCUCCUCCUCCUAGUUCCACUAAAG